GUGAGCCCUAAUGAGCUCCGGUUCUUCACAGUUAAUCGGGAAAAUUUCUAGUAAAAAAACUUUUUAUAACGAGUUUCAAACCAUUGUUCGGGAUGCUAUUGUGCUGAACUCUCGUCUCGGCUCUCGUACCGGGAAAAUGCUUCGUUCUGAGAUGAUGGUUUUCAGUGCUGAAGUGUGUUUUUAAUCGUUUUUGUUGGUAUAUUAUUGUGUUCGGAUAUGGUCGUGAAUGCAACCGCGUGUCAACUUUCGUCGUUCUUCAUAGGUAUAGCCGAAAUAUGUUUCAUGUCGGCUCCGAUUGGUCAGUGCGGGUAUUGUUGCCCGCACAAUGACACCCUCGAUAUACAGUAUAAGUUAUUUACUAGGUCAAACCCCACCACGUUUCAAAUAAUACCGCCAAAUGACUUAAAUGCCUUACGGAGAACGUCAUUUGACUUCUCAAAUCCUACGGUGAUAUAUCUGAUGGGGUUCUCCGAGUCUACUAGUGGAGUCGGAACCACCACUGUCAGGAAUGCGCACUUAGCGGCAAGAAACUACAAUUUCAUCGCAGUUGAUUGGUCACGACUUAUGGUAUUUCCAUGGUAUAUUACGGCAGUCCGGAACACUCGUUAUAUGGGAAGAAAAUUAGCAGACUUUAUUCGAUUCUUGGAUUCCGUUGGAGUUCCAGCCUCGUCUAUCCACGUGGUUGGGUUUUCCCUAGGCGCUGAAGCCGCAGGGUUUGCAGGCAAGAACUUGCGGGCCCGAGGGUUGCUACUGGGCAGGAUUACCGGGCUAGACCCAGCCUAUCCCGGCUACAGCCUAUCAAACAAUGACGGUCAUCUUGCCAAAGGAGAUGCAGCCUUCGUGGACGUCUUGCAUACGAACCCGGGAGUGUUUGGGUUCCUACGGCCAAUCGGAGACGUGGACUUUUAUGCUAACCCUGGCAGCUGGAUCCAACCGGGUUGUUGGGUAGACGAGCUCUUCAGAAACCGGGAGUUUCGUAAGACCGAGUUUUCCGUGUACCAAAUUAUUGAAACAGACGUUUCUCCCCAGAUGGUUGCAGUCAUGUCCGUGCUUGGCGUCUAUAUUCCGAGUCUUUGA